AUGUCAUUAACGCCAUUAACGUCCGUCGUCUUCAAUCCUAUCAAGCACCAUACCGCUACAGUGGUUUUUAGUCAUGGUUUAGGAGAUAGUGGAGAUGGAAUAUCCCCCGCAUUUUUAGGCCUGAGUAAAAUGUUGGGUCACGUUAAAUUCGUUUUUCCAAAUGCGUAUGAUAUUGAUUACUUAGGAGAAAAUAUAGAAGAUAGAAAUGAAGAUGAAGAAGGCAUGUUAAAGUCAGUUAGGGGAUUAAACGGCAUUAUUCGUGAUGAAGUAGAAUCGGGUAUUCCUUCUAAUCGCAUAGUCAUUGGUGGCUUCUCUCAAGGCUCGGCUAUGGCACUCUUGGUUGGCUUGACAUCUGAAUAUCGCUUUGCUGGAGUUGCCGUGAACAAGAUAUUUAAGAUGACCACAGAUUCAAAUAAAGGAACACCAAUUUUUAUGGCCCAUGGUGUUAUUGAUGCGGUUGUACCGUAUAAUUUUGGAAAACUAUCAUAUGAAUUUUUGAAUUCUAAAGGAUACUCAGUCAAUUUCAAAACCUAUAACACGCUGUCUCAUUCUAUAAACGCAGAGGAGCUUCGUGAUUUUGCACAAUUCCUUAAAGAUGUAAUUCCCGAUGUAUAA